AUGGUCCAUCUCCGGCACGCCGUUGUCUCCUGGUUUGGGUGCUACUUGGGGCUGGCUUCACAAAAUGACGGUCCGUCCACACGCCGUAGCCCGUCUACCGCAUACGUCGCGGCGCUGUUGUCGGCGCCUACGGUGGCAGUAAAGAACGGGUCGUACUCGGGCGUGUACAAUCCAGAAUACAAACAGGAUUUCUUUCUCGGUAUUCCGUACGCCCAGAAACCAGUUCGGUUCCAGCAAGCGGUGCCUCUCAACAGCACGUGGGACGGUGUCCACGAGGCGGUGGCGUACCCGCCUCAUUGUGUCGGGUACGGCGGUGACGAUGUGGGCUACCCCGUCUCGGAAGACUGCCUGUACCUCAACGUCGUCCGGCCGGCUGGCAUUGACUCGACGGCGGGGCUGCCGGUCGCCGUCUGGAUCCACGGGGGUGGCCUGACCAUGGGCGGCUCGGCCGACAAGCGCUACAACCUGACGUUUAUUGUCGAGAACAGCGUCGAGCAGGGGACGCCCAUCAUUGGCGUCAGCAUCAACUACCGCCUCUCGGCCUUUGGGUUUUUGGCCGGCCAAGCGGUGCGCGAUGCGGGCUCGACCAACAUUGGCUUCCGCGACCAGCGGCUGGCCUUGCAUUGGGUGCAGGACAACAUUGCCGCGUUCGGCGGUGCCCCGGACAAAGUUGUCAUUUGGGGCGAGAGCUCCGGUGCCGAGAGUGUCAGCGCGCAGACCUUUGCCUACAACGGCCGGGACGAUGGCCUGUUCCGCGGCGUCAUUGGCGAGUCCGGUUUUGGGGGCUUUAUUGCGCGGUACCCGGGCAACCUCAACACCACGGCCAAACAGCAAGAGAACUACGACCAGCUUGUGCGCAACACGUCUUGUGCGUCGGCGCCGGCGGAUGCCACACUGGACUGCCUCCGUCGUCUACCGCUCCACGAGAUCAACGAGACCCUGGCCCAUGGCAACGGCUCCUUCUUCCCGGUGCUGGACGGCGACUUCAUUGCCGACUACCCGCACAACCAGAUUCGCAACGGCCGCUUUGUUCAUGUGCCCGUGCUGAUCGGCUGCAAUUCGGACGAGGGGUCCGGCCAGGGACGCAGCGUCGGCCCGGAGGGAAAGGGCGUGAGCACCGACGCAGAGUUCCGCGCGGCCAUUGUUCAAAAGUUUGGCCUGGACGGGAGCACCUUGACGGAAUCUGCUUCCACCUCUACGCCCGAGAAAGCAGGGAGACUGGUCGAUGAGCUGUUGCUACUGUAUCCGGACAUUCAAGCCAUUGGCGUUCCAGGCCUCGACAAGUUCCCAGUGAUCGUUCCUGGGGACAGCUUGGCCCGAUCUGUCGGUCUCCAGUUUCGUCGGUCGGCGGCACUCCUCGGUGACAACUGGAUGCAUUACCAGCGUCGGCGGGCCAGUCUUGCCUGGUCGGCGUUUGGCUUGCCUUCGUGGAGUUACCGGUUCGAUGUCCUUGUCAAUGGAAUAGCCCCCCAGGCCGGCGCCACCCAUUUCCAAGAGGUCGCAUUUGUCUUUGACAACAUACACGGUCUCGGCUACGAAACGAAUCCGUUUGCAAAUAUGCCGCCGUCGUAUACGGCGCUGGCCAAGUCCAUGUCCAAGGCUUGGGUCAACUUUUUCGUCGACCUCGACCCCAACGGAAAGUCUGGUAGCGGUGGAACCACAAACGGCAGCACAAACAGCAACGGUCUGCCGACGUGGCCCGUGUACAAUGCAACGGCCGGCGGUGGUGUGGGACACAACAUUGUCUUGCAGGCCGGUAGCAGCCAUGUCGAGCCGGAUACCUACCGUGCUGAGGGCAUCCGCUGGAUGAUAGACCAUGGAUUGGAUGUGUUUGGCAUCUGA